UUAAGUUGUCUUUCUUUUUUUCAGGCUCUCAGCCGAACAAUGAGACUCCUGUGGGGAUGGGGGCCACUCUGGACAUCCAGAGGCAGCAGAGGAUGGAUCUGCUGGACCAGCAGCUGCUCCUGGCCCAAUACAACGAGGCCAGAAGGAACGCCAGACCCCAGCCUCAGGCGGGGCUAUUACAGUGGACCCGGCUGUUCCCCUCGCUGAGGCACCGCGGGCAGAACGGACCCCCAAUGCAGCCCCAACCUCAGGCUCAGACGCAGCAGUCCGCUCCGCCGCCAUCACUGAACAACUCUCCUGUCGCAGAGGAGCAGGUUUGGGUCUUAUUAUUAUUACUGUUGAGAAGUGCUGGGCGAUACAAAAAAUAUAUAUCACGAUAUACGACAAUAAAGUAUGUUUUCAGCUAUUCUCUGAUAAAAUAACAUUGUUUAAUUUUC